UCACCGCCUGAAGUAAUAUUCAGCGAGCUACGCCCACUCAUGCCCUACAAGGUGCCCGGACAAGCUUUUCAAGCCAUCCUCUCCUACUCGCACCGUCAGCACGCAGCAUUCAAGAUGACGGAGGGUUUGGUGCCACACAAGGGCGGCUGCCACUGCGGCAGCGUCAAGUUUGAGGUGCGAGCUCCCCCUGUCCUACAGGUCAUCGAGUGCAAUUGUUCAAUCUGCGUAAAGAAGCAGAACCACCACUUCAUCGUACCAUCUACCAACUUCAAGCUCAUCAAGGGCCACGACGCGCUCAAGACUUACUCUUUCGGUACACACCAAGCCAAGCACUUCUUCUGCACCACCUGCGGCGUGCAGAGCUUCUACAUACCGCGCUCCAACCCUGAUGGUUAUGGUGAGACUUGCGUGUCCACAACCCUGAUGGUUAUGGUAGACUCGGACACCAUCAAGAAAACUAAAGUCGAGAAAUUCAACGGCAAGAAUUGGGACGAAGGCAUCAAGAAAAGCUCCCACAUCAAAGAGUAUUCAAAGGCAUCGUCCGCACAUUGAGUCAGCACCACAUAAAUUAAUUUAGAGAAAACACUUUAAGAUAACCGAGGCAUUUUAUUUAGUGUUGAGUCGGGGUCAUAUUACCUCUCUUAGGUAAUGCACGUUAUAAUGACCGAGGCAUAUUGCGUAUAGCGUAAUGCUCUACACUACAUUACAUACAGGCUGUUUGUUGUUAAGUCCGUCCUUAUUAAUCAUUAUUUUAUAAAAGAUCACGUAGAUAUAGGCCAUUUGUUAGCAUCAGAAUAGCCAAAUGCACAAUAAAAACAAUUGCUCGAAAUUCCUUUUUAUUAACUGAAUUUUUGAAUUGUUUGCGUACGCGUUGUUGUGAGUCUACAAAAAUUUCUUGUCAUGCAUUACAAUGUUCCCACCUUGGCUUCGAUCUAUGCUCAAAAAUAUUUUUCUGUUGGAUGAUAAUUUUGAUUUUGGUUUUGUGUAUAAAAUGAAAAUUUUCUUUGAUGAAAAUUUAUUUCAAUCCCAUUUUUCUGUGUCGCGCUCUCUUGCAGGAACAUUUUCUUUUGUUGUUGAAUCCUUUUCACUAACGUGUCUAUUUACUCGGCCAGUUGUUGUCAUCUUUUAUUAAUAAAUAGCUACUUUGAA